ACGUCUGGGCAUGCGCAGAGACAUAGCGGAGGUGUGCGGGGUCUUGGAAUUUCCUUAACCUGUUAUUGCUUUAGUUUUGUUUUCCCGCUGGUUUAGAAGAGCGGCCGGAAACCUCAAGUAGAGGAGAUAAGAUUCUGGCUCCGGAAGCACGGGUCAGCCCAGUGAACCGUCAGUCUGAAACUGCCGGAAGCGAAGGGGUAGUCCGGAACCUUUCUCGAGGUGGAAAACGAAGGUUCUGCCUUCCGAGAGCCUCUCUGAAGAAGAUGACUGAAGAUCAGCCUUUGCUUGCCGUGCAGGAGGCCCUGAGGAAGUGCUUUCCCGUGGUGGACGAGCAGCAGGGCCUGUGGCAGAGUGCUCUGAGAGACUGCCCGCCCCUCCUGGCCUCCCUCAGCAACCUGGCAGAGCAGCUGCAAGCCGCACAGAACCUGCGAUUUGAGGAUGUGCCCUCACUUCGGGCCUUCCCAGACCUAAAGGAGCGGCUGAGGCGCAAGCAGCUGGCGGCUGGUGACACUAUCCUGGACAAGCUAGGAGAGAGGCUAGCCACCCUCCUCAAGGUGCGUGAUGUGGUCAGCAGCCACGUGGAGCGCGUGCUUCAGAUCUAUGAGCAGCACGCAGAUGCGAUCGGCCUCGAUGCUGUCCUGCAGGCUUCAGCUGCGAGCCCCUCUGUGGCUGAAAUGUUGGAGUGGUUGCAGGACAUUGAGAGACAUUAUCGGAAUUCGUACCUGAAGAGGAAGUACCUCCUGUCGUCAAUCCAAUGGGAAGACUUGGGAAACAUCCAAGCUUUGCCCAGAGCCUGGGACCGAAUCUCAGAAGAUGAACACCCGGACCUUGUUCGAGAUGUCAUGUUGAAUGUUUCUUUCUUCCUGGAAGAGUGAAGAGGCCAUGUGUUUAUCGGGAGACUUGGGGGACACAGGUGAAGACCGACAUUGCUGCCCUCUUGUAUGUCUAAAAAAUGUCAGUACUGCGUCCUGACUUACUGGAAAUGUCAGUGCCCAGCGCCUGAGGACUGGCUCUUCAGCGGAUUCUGCUGGACAUUCCUGAUGUUGGGGCUGCUUCAUGCUGGGUCAUGGGUGAGGGCACAUGGUCACCCCUUGCCCUUCCCUAAGACUCAGGAGAGUGGACAGAGGCAGAGAGGAUGCAGGAAAGGUGGUGCAGAACACCAGGGACAGAAGCAAUAGCCGCAGAAGUGGUAAGAAAGGAAAGGGCCAGGGUAGAGAGUUGGCACCACCCCCAGCAUCAUCCAGGGCUCUGAGCCUCAUUGACACCAGGUCCUAAUUUCCUCUCUUUUUGUCAGUGCCUGACUCCUUGAUGGAAAAAAAUGUCGCUUUGAUGAUUUAAAGAAGUGAAGGUGAUGUUGAUGGAAAAAUUGUUUUCCAGUUGCAACGGCUCCUUGUCAUCAGGACACUUUCUAGAGCAUUCCACCAGGGGGAGGUGGUGUAGCAUGAAUUCUGAGUGUUUUGCAUUUGGAUCUGUUCCCUUGUUGCUCUUACUGACAGUAAGUAACUGGGGAUAGUGGGGCUCUUAAAAUAACAUGGUUUUCUUUUUACCAAAGCCGGCAGCCAAUUUGCUACAGGCCCCUGAUCUUGGAGUAGCUGCAUGGAUGGGAGGUCCCCAGUCCAGAGUCAGGCAAUCAGGAUUGUGUUUCUGAGGCCCAGUGCCUUAAUCUGUGAAAUGGUUGUGAUCCUUGCAGACCUGUCAGCUUCCUGGGCUGGUUAAAAAUCUUGGUUAUUGGAUGUAAAGGGACUUAAGAAAGAAUGUAGAUAUUUUUCAAAAUGAAAAUGACUUUUUAAGUUUUAAAAGUGAUGAUAUGCUUUUUAAAAAAUCAUAGAGAAAUUAUGGAAAACAUUUAAAAUGUAGAAAAGCAUAGAACGGAACUCCAUCAGAGAGAUUUUAUAUGUAUCUUUUCAGUGUCCAUAGUCACAGUGUUUUUAACAAAACAAUUUGGGUAUCAUUGAUACAUACUGUUAUUUAAAUUGUCUUUAAGGAAACACCUUUAUAUAGUUGGGCUAGUUUUUCAUAUCUCUCUCUGUAUAUAGCUCAAUGCAAUUAGAUACCAUUCUAUGGAUUAUUAUAGUA